UAUAUAUCUCAGUAAUCUAAUCUAGACUUUAUAAAAGUUGGCAAUAUGAAUGCUGCAGCAGCAAAUAGCCCCUGCACGAGCUUGUUCGAGAGCGAGGAAGAAGAACAAGCCGGCCAAGCGGAGGCAUGGAAAUAUACGUUUGCGUUUGUGGACUCUUUGGCGGUAAAGUCAGUCGUUCUGCUCGGAAUCCCCGACAUCAUUGCGCGCCACGGCGCCAAAGCAACGCUUUCCCUCUCGCAAAUCGCCGCGGAGCUUCCCACCCAAAAGCCUGACGUCAAUUGCCUCUUCAGAAUCCUCCGCUUCCUCGUUGCCAAGAAUUUUUUCAGGGCCGAAACGACAGAGGGCGGGAAUGAAGUAAGCUACGGCCUAACGCCCGCUUCUAAAUGGAUGCUAAAAGACGGCGUGUCACUUUCCAUGCGUGCCAUGCUACUUAUGCAGGACGACGUGAGGAGCGUGGCGCCGUGGCACCAUUUGAACGAGUGCAUUCUCGAGGGCGGCGUGGCUUUCGAGAAGGCUCACGGCCUUCAAAUUUGGGACUACGCGGUGGCGCAACCUCAGUACAGCGACCUGUUCAACCAAGCCAUGGCUUGCAACGCCAACAUCGUUAUGAAAGCCGUCUUAUCUAAAUACGAGGGUUUUCAGGGCUUGAAUUCCUUGGUGGACGUCGGAGGCGGCAUCGGAGUGACCGUUGCAGAGAUCGUGAAGGCCCAUCCAACUAUCAACGGCAUCAACUACGAUCUCCCUCACGUCAUAGCUACGGCUCCCCAUUUCCCGGGGGUAAAGUAUGUUGGAGGAGACAUGUUCAAAGAGGUGCCAUCUGCAGACGCUGUAAUCAUGAAGAUGAGGGUUUUUCAAUGGGUUUUUUGUUUUUUCCUUGAAAUUUUGGACUGGGGGGACGAGGACUGCGUGAAGAUUCUGAAGCAAUGCAGAAAGGCGAUUCCAGAAACAGGGAAGGUGAUCAUUUUGGAUUCGAUUCUCAACGCCACAGAGAAGACAGAGCUGGAUCCUAGUAUGGGUUUUGUGUUUGAUCUGAUAAUGCUUACGUUCACCUCUGGCGGGAAAGAGAGAAGUGAGGAGGAGUGGAAGAAUCUGUUGAAGGAAGGAGGAUUUCCUCGUUUCAAUGUUAUUGCCAUACCAGCAUUGCAGUCUGUAAUUGAAGCUUUUCCUUAUUAGCCGCUCUGUGUAGCUAUCUACAGAAAAAUAGGUUGCCUCUCUUAUUAAUGCAUCUUUCCAGCAAUCUUUCUGUGUGUUCCAUCUUCAUUUUAUAACUAGUACAAAUUCCAAGCACAGUUUGCCUGUUAACGCGGAACAGACUGCCUUAGCUUAAGGAAGAUAUGAUCGUUAAAACCAGUCAGCCACGUGAAAUGUUGGAGAACGCGUGUGAUCCGUUUUUACUGAAAUACGACUUUUAUCGUCUACAAUAAAAUAAAUACUGACUACUUG